AACUCUUUAUUUGUUUUGACAUUUACAAACAUGUGGAGUAAAAAUAUUCAACGUUUUACACAUUCUGUAAGACUGUCAAGACAAGCAAAAUGUUUAAAAGCUCCACGAUGCUGUUGUUUGUCCCGUUGCUCAAAUUCACAGCUACACACAUCACCACACACGCAGCAAAAUCACAACCAGAAUGAGACUGAAGAUAGGUCACGGUCAUAUAUGAUAUCUGUUCUAGCAGGACUAGGAGUCUCCAUUACAUCUUAUGUGGUCUGGAAUGAAAGAAAGAAACUACAUGCAAGUAACGGAGCUUCUUCCAAAAACACGAAAACUACCUCAGAGUCAGAGGAGAAGUCUCAAACAGACAAGUCAACAGUCAAGCCAACAGUCAAGCCAACAGACAAGUCUGAAAAAGACACAAGUGUUGGCAACAAUUUUGAUAAACAAGAAGAAGAAAUAGAUUGGUCUAAGGUACCAGAAAUACCAAGUCAUGUACCUUAUUUACUAAUUGGAAGUGGUAUAGCAUCAAUAGAGGCAUUUAAAGCUAUCAAAACUACAGAUCCAAAAGCUAAGGUUUUAAUGAUUGGAGAUGAAGAUUAUUUACCAUACUGGCGUCCACCUUUAUCAAAACAUUUCUGGUAUGAUGAAAAUGAAAAUGCUGCAAAAGAAUUCCAAUAUACAAAUAUGAGAGGCAAAAAGUCUACGAUAUUUUUAUUAGAGGGUAUUUACAUGGAGCCUAAGAAAUUGCCUUUCUCUGAGAGAGGGGGAUUAGGUCUUCUUAAAAACACAAGGGUUGUUCAGCUGGAUUCUGUAAACAAAAAAGUUAUGUUAGACAAUGGAUCAGAAAUAACAUUUGAUAAAUGUUUAAUUGCUACAGGCGGGUAUCCUAGAAAUGAUGAAGUGUUAGAAAAAGCUGGUGAAGAUGUUAAAAGUAGAACAACUUUAUUUAGGAAUUAUAAUGAUUUAAUAUCAUUAAGUGAUGCAGUAAAAUCAGCAAAAUCUGUAGCUGUGAUAGGCGGAGGAUUUCUGGGCAGUGAACUUGCUGUGGGCAUUUCUUAUAGAGGUUACUCAAAGGGUCUCAAAGUACAUCAGCUGUUUCCAGAGAAAGGAAUCAUGGCAAAAGUUCUUCCUGCAUACCUCAGUGAUUGGACAACACAGAAAUUUAAAGACGAUGGUAUUGAUAUUAUGUCUGAAGUUAGUAUAAAGUCUGCAGUAUAUGAAGAUGGUAAGGUGAAAUUGGGUCUCAGCAAUGGCAAACAUUUACAAGUGGAUCAUGUUGUAGUUGCUGUGGGUAUAGAACCUAACACUGAUCUAGCAUACAGUGGAGAUCUAGAGGUAGAUGAUCAGUUUGGAGGAUUCCGUGUCAAUUCCGAGCUCCAAGCUCGCUCCGAUAUCUGGGCAGCUGGUGACUGUGCAUCAUUUUAUGAUGUUAAACUAGGACGUCGGCGUGUAGAACACUUUGACCACGCCUCAAUGACUGGUAGACUGGCAGGAUUUAAUAUGGCAGGAGAAAAUAGGCAUUAUAGACAUCAGUCCAUGUUUUGGUCUACAUUAGGGGGAGUGGCUGACUAUGAAGCUGUGGGCUUGGUGGACUCGAGACUGGAAACUUUUUCAGCAUUCAGAAAAUCCUAUCCCAAAGAGGAACCUAGUGAGGAGAAAGACAAGGUUGAAAACAAGACUGACUCAGGUAGUGAAAAUAAAAAAUCAAAGUCAUCAAAGACCAAAACAUCAUCAGCAACUGAAACAGUGCAAAAACCACAAGAGCCAGAAAAGGAUAGUUAUGAUAAUGGUGUUAUAUUUUACUUGCGAGACGGAGAAGUUGUUGGAGUUGUCUUGUGGAAUCUCCCGGGCUUUAUUGGAGAACCAACUCGUCUUGAUAUUGCUAAACAGGUGGUAGCAGAUGGUGCCAAAGGAAAAGAUUUAUCAGAAGUUGCCAAAUUAUUUAAUGUUUAUGCUGUCUGAUUGGCAUAAAACUCUGUAAUAACAGUAAACUAUCACUGUCUCUUAAGUGUGAUGAGAGGGAACCAGAAGUGUGAGCAUCAGAACUGUGUCAGAGAAUCUAUGUUAACACUUUAUAUGAGCCGCAUCACGACAAAACCAUCAUAGUGGGUUUGCGACCAGCAUGGAUCCAGACCAGCCUGCGCAUCUGCGCAGUCUAAUCAGGAUCCAUGCUGUUCGCUUUCAGUUUCUCUAGGGUUUGUAAGCGAACAGCAUGGAUCCUGAUCAGACUGCGUGGAUGCGCAGGCUGGUCUGGAUCCAUGCUGGUCGCAAACGCACUGUGUUGGUUUUCUCAUGAUGCAGCUCAAAUAUGGUUUUUCACUGCACAAGAUAGAGAUACGGAAAAUCAACUAUAAGGUAGAAAUGGUUGAAAAAUGAAUCAAGUUGUAAUAUAUGUGUAAUAUACAUGUUGUUAUGUUAGCGUGGAAAUAUUAUUAAAAUUAGCAGAAGUUUUUACUCA